CAGUUUGUCUAGUGAAAAUGAAAAUGGCGCCUCUUAUUAUGAUUUCAUCAUGUUUCGUUUGGAAUCUCUGUAUGGUUCUUAUCGGAGUAAGUGUUAGUGUCUCUGUUGAAGCUAAAUCUUGGCUUAAAGCUCAUGCAACUUUCUAUGGGGCCAAUCAAAGUCCCAUCAGCCUCGGGGGAGCUUGUGGUUAUGACAACACCUUUCAUGCUGGGUUUGGUGUGAACACUGCGGCAGUGAGCACCAUGCUCUUCAGAGGUGGUGAGGCUUGUGGAGCAUGCUACCAAGUGAUUUGCGACUACCAGGUCGACCCAAAAUGGUGCCUCCGGCGACGAAGUGUCACCGUAACUGCCACCAAUUUUUGCCCUCCGAACAACCAGGGAGGGUGGUGUGAUCCACCUCACCAUCACUUUGAUAUGUCCGCUCCGUCUUUCUUUCGCAUUGCAAGACAAGGCAGUGAAGGCAUUGUUCCCGUUCUCUAUACAAGGGUGCCAUGCAAAAGAAGAGGUGGAGUGAGAUUCACGUUGAGGGGGCAAUCCAAUUUCAACAUGGUGAUGAUAUCCAACGUGGGAGGCAGCGGGGACGUGAAGGCCGUCUCGAUCAAAGGAUCGAGAGGCCGCUCGUCUUGGCUGCCCAUGCACCGCAACUGGGGAGCCAACUGGCAAAGCAGUGUGGAUCUCCGGAACCAGAGGCUCUCAUUCAAGCUUACAUUGGCAGAUGGGAAGACACUGCUGUUCCUCAAUGUUGUUCCUUCUAGUUGGAGGUUUGGACAGACGUUUUCAUCAAGAAACCAGUUCUCUUGAAUCUUAUCACUAGCUGGAAAGGGAGAGCCAUCGAAUUCACAUGUCCACAACCAUGCCAUUUUUAAAAGGCUGGAGUGGACCUUAAUUAUAUUUAUAAUAAUAUUUAUAAUUUAUAAUAUAAUUUGCGUUCUUUAC